CUUCUUUGCCCUUCUCCUUUCUCCAGAUUUUCCUCUUCAACCCUUUUCCUUCCUUCCUUCCUUACCCGCCAAAUUCCCUCCUCUUUGAAUCUCCCCAAAUCCCUCUCCGCCUCGUGUGUCUGCAGUUUCCGCUUGGUUCGUCUAUAAAAGAUAGUACUUGAGUCAGGAACUGGAACAGAUAGUGUCUUGGCCAGUAUUUUUGCUGUUACUGUGAUGAAAUGGCAGAUCACGAGCUGAUGAUGGCAGGGAACCACAACAACUCGUUUAGGCAGGAGCAUUUUGUGGAAGCUCGACAGAACAGUGAACUGUUUCCUACCCAUGACUACAGUUUUGCUUUGGAACCGCUUCACGAGACCAACCUUCAGAUAGGUGUUUCUCGGGAGCAGAAUGAGGUUUGGAACCACAACCAGGAACGUGCACUGUCUCAUGUAAACUCAAAGACUCAUAGUGAAGAAAUACAUGAAGAAGAGCAGUGUUUGGAAGGAAAAGAUGAGGUUGAUUCUCAGGAUAACAACCAAAACGAAAGCUAUGACCAUGCUUUUGACCUCUCAUUUCCUGAUAAUGAUGACUCAGAAACUUCAGAGAAUGAUAAACUAGCUUUGGUAGUCUCUCACGAUCUCAAUGAUAACUUACAGCUGGCGGUGGGUCAUUGCAUGAAUAGGGAUCCAAUACCUGGCCUGGACAUAAGCCCAUCUCAGCAGCUAGAGUUGGCUCCUCCUGUUGUUCAGUCCCGGUCUCUUGUUACAGAUCCUGAUCACAACUUGGUCGUUGGUAUGGAAUUUUCAGAUGUAUAUGCCUGUAGGAGAGCAUUGAGAGAUGCAGCGAUUGCCUUGCGCUUUGAGAUGCAGACAGUUAAAUCUGACAAAACACGUUUCACUGCAAAGUGCGCUAGUGAGGGUUGCCCUUGGAGGAUUCACUGUGCCAAGCUUCCUGGUUUACCAACCUUUACGAUAAGGACUAUUCACGGGAGUCACACAUGUAGUGGUAUUUUACACCUUGGUCACCAUCAAGCUUCGGUUCAGUGGGUUGCUGAGGCUGUGAAAGAAAGGCUGAGAGUAAAUCCUCAAUGCAAACCUAAGGAGAUACUGGAGGAGAUUCAUCAAGUUCAUGGAAUCACACUAUCAUACAAGCAAGCAUGGAGAGGGAAAGAACGGAUAAUGGCUGCUGUUCGUGGGUCGUUCGAAGAAGAUUAUCGCCUUCUUCCUCGAUAUUGUGAUGAAAUCAAAAGAACAAACCCUGGGAGCAUAGCUGUGGUACAUGGAAGCCCUGUUGAUGGGAGCUUUCAACAGUUGUUUAUUUCUUUCCAGGCAUCAAUCGUUGGUUUUCUUAACGCUUGUAGGCCUCUCGUUGCAUUGGACAAAGUUGUUUUGAAGAGCAAAUAUCUAGGGACACUGCUACUUGCCACCGGGUUUGAUGGAGAUGGUGCAAUAUUUCCUUUGGCUUUCGCGAUUAUAACCGAGGAAAAUGAUAGUAACUGGGAGUGGUUCCUCUCAGAGCUGCGUCAGCUUCUUGAAGUUAACUCCGAAAACAUGCCAAAGCUGACAAUAUUAUCUAACAUGGAGAAACCCAUUGUUGAUGGAGUCGAAGCUAAUUUCCCAACGUCGUUUCAUGGCUUCUCUAUCCAUCAUCUCACAGAAUGCCUCCGUAGUAAGUGCAACAACUCUGAUCUUGUGAACCUUUUUUGGGAAGCAGCAAAAUGUUACACCGAGUUCGAGUUUGGUGAAAAACUCACCGAGAUCUCACAGAAAUCCCAGGAGGCUGGCAUGUGGUUCCGCACCAUCGAGACCCAUUUAUGGACCACGUUUAAACUAAUAGGGUUUGGACAUGUUACUGCAAAUGUUACAGAGUCACUCAACGGUUGGAUUCAAGAUUCCUCAGGUCUCCCUAUAAUCCAGAUGAUGGAGUGUAUCCGUCGACAACUGAUGACUUUGUUCAAUGAACGCCGUGAAACAAGCAUGCAGUGGUCUGGCAUGCUUGUUCCAUCUGCUGAGAGACGAGUCUUUGAGGCUAUCGAACAUUCCCGUGCGCACCAAGUUCACAAACUAAACGAAUCAGAAUUCGAGGUGGUCGUGACCAACCAAGGAAAAUCGAUGGUAGUUGAUACUAGAUUCCGUAGCUGUGAGUGCCGUGGAUGGCAGUUAUACGGUUUGCCUUGUAGCCACGCAGUUGCAGUACUCAUCUCUAUCAGAGAGAACGUUUACAGGUACACUGAGAGUUACUUCACCGUGGGAAAUUACCGGCGAACUUACGCAGAAACCAUACAUCCAGUUCCAGACAAAACCAUGUGGAGAAAAACAGAACCUGACGUAGAAAGUGGUGAGGAGUCUGUGAUAAGACCACCUAAGGUGUUAAGACAACAGCCACGGCCAAGGAAGAGAAGAAGCCAAGGAGAAGACCGUGGACGCCAAAAGCGGGUGGUUCGAUGUAGCCGGUGUAAUCAGGCUGGCCAUUUCAGAACGACUUGCACAGCUCCUGAAUAAAUAAAUAAAAAGCCUAUGAUAGACUUUAUUUUCUAUUUUCUUUUCCUUUUUUG